AAAAACAUUUAACAUUUUGAGAACCAUUUUUUUUCCAUAGCAUUUUAAGAGCCCUUGGUGUAAGACAAAAUGGUGAUAUUAUCAACAAUGAAGAUAGGUGAAGAGACCACCACAUAUGCAAAGAAGGAGAUAGAAGAGUCAUCACAAGAGUUAAAUUCACAAAAAUUUGUUGCAAUUGUUGGUUAUCAAGUGAAAUCAACUCCUGUCUCAAGACACCAAUGGCAGUUUGCUUGUCCAUCCAGCUCUUGCUCUAUACCACAAGGAGCAAAUGAGAUUCAUUGGGCCAGGAAACAUGGCCACUGCUUCAAGACCAAGAAAUGCAGCCACAAAAACAUGGCUGCUAAUGCUGGUCCUUUACCAUCAAGAUCUACAACUUCUGAUAUUCCCAGUAGUUCAAGAUUAAAACGAACGAUGCCUGAGAUGCCAGCGCCGAGUCCAUACAAAUCAAAACAAAGGACAUCAGAAAUGUCCGAGGACCUUGAUGAAACGGCGCAACAAGAGCAAAAUGGUAAGGAAGAUGAGAAUAUUGAUGGAAAAGAAGAGGCAGUUGGAAAUGGUGACGAAGAGCCAAAUGAAGUGCUGAAUCGUGCUCCAUUAAACUUCACAGAGCUACAAGUUCACAAUGGCAAAGGUAGGUGGAACAUGGAUCUAGAUCUCAGUGUUGAACUAGGAAAAGGUAAAAUGGAGCAAGAGCUCCACUUUAACACUAGAAACCAACCUCAGAUAGGGGAAGGCAACUCUUCACACCUAUCACCACCUUGUAAGCCAUUUCACAAAAUGUUGAAAAGGAAAAUUGAAAGCAUAGGUUGUGAGGCUAAUGCAGAGGAAACCGAUUCUGUUCUCCCACCGAAUGUGGAGAUCGGUGUCAUUGACUCUGCGCCAGUUAAGGAGCUGGAUCUUCCUAUGCUUGCUGAUGGCUCUGCUGCAGUUGUCAAUAAUCAAUGUCGCAUUUUCAAUAGAAAUGAACGACAUUGAUUUCUCUAUGGAGCUAAUUAUGUUUUUGAUGAUAAGAAUCAAUUGAUUGACCACAUCGAGACAGGUGAAAGCUUGGAUGAUCCAUAUAACUUUCUUUGUGGGAACAAUGGGAAGAAGCCCAACAAUGACCCUCCUUAAUAUUUUCUUGUAGAAAAACUCAAAUGAAUUAUGGAUGGAUUG